AUGGCUGCCGUGAAAAACAUCGCAAUCAUCGGGGCUAGUGGCCUAUUGGGAAGCCGCAUAGCCACUGCUUUAGUUAUCGCAGGAUACAGCGUCACUGCUGUCCAGCGCAAAGUCUCACAGAAGCCGAUUCCAGCCGGGCUACGAGUUGUCAAGACGGAUCUCGGCGAUGAGACCGGCUUAACUCAGAUUUUUGAUGGACAGGAUGUUGUAAUCAGUGCUGUCGGUAUACCAAGUUUUGAAACCGAGAAGGUCUGGAUAGACGCUGCCAUCGCUGCAUCCGUGAAACGCAUCAUCCCCUCAGAAUUUACCACAAACAUGGAAUCCCCUCUAGCCAUCCAACUCCCCGUCGCAACCGAAAAGGUGAAAGUUCGUCAAUACCUCACUUCAAAAAUCAGCAACACUUCCGCACCGACGACUUGGACCUCGCUGAACAAUGGUGCAUUCCUCGAUAUGACCAUCAAGUUUGGCGCAUUGGGUCCCAACCCGAUUACCAAGCAGGCUAUCUUCCACAACGGUGGGGACAAUGAGAUCGGGCCUUCUACUUUAGCUGAUAUCGCUGAUGCUAUUGUUCGCAUUUUGGACCCGGCAAAUUUCGCAGACACGACGAACCAGGCAGUGUAUAUCCAUUCCGCUGCUGUCACGGAGCGGAAGUUAACUGCGAUGAUGUCGAAGAUACUGGAUAUUGACUUUGGAUCUGUUGAAGAUGGGAGAAUCCCGGAUGUGAAUGUUGAUGAGUUGAUGGAGAAGGCUAAGGGACAGUUGGAAGCAGGGGACAUGACCGGUAUGCUCAAUUAUUACUAUGUGAUGAUGUAUGAGGAGGGCUAUGGCGGAAAGGAUUUCAAGAAGCUUUCUUGGAAUGAGCGUUUGGGAAUACGGGUUAUGAAUGACGAUGAGCUAGAGAGGGCUGUGCGUGGGUUUCUCAGUUUUAUUAGUGCUUAA